UUGUGUUGCAGAUAAAAUGGUUUUAUUAAAACUCGUAAGGUGUUAAAAUUAAUAGGAAUCAUAAAUAUAUAAUGUAGCUCCAAGCUAUCGAUAGUUGCAUAGUUAUAUGCAUAAGAAAGUUGUCAUCCCUAUGUGGACAAGCCAUUUAGUAGAAACAAUAACAAAUUUUGUCCAAAUCACAAAACAAGAACGUUACUUAUGGCCGCCAAGCACGAAGAUAUACGUGAUAAAAUUGAAAAUGGAAUCUAUAGGCUAGCCACAAAUGAUAAAAGCACGCGCAGCACUGUUUGGCGUGUGUAUCGAAAGAUUGAAAAAGAGGACGGCAAAAUAUUGGAACACGUCUUGUAUUGUAUUGGAUGUAAAAAUCUUAUGUCGUUUACUCAUAAAUCAACCACAAAUUUGCGGCGCCAUAAGUGUCAUUUGCAGUACUUAAAGAAGCAGACGUAUUGUAAUGGAUAUUCAGACGCAAGCAACUCAAAGGAAUGGUUUAAAGAUGAAGGUGAAAUGUCAGUGGAAGAUAUUUUACUGGAGGCUGAGUCCGAACUUAGAGUGGACAACGAAGAGAGUUCUGACGCACAGACAAUGAUUGAUGAGUUGGACAUGAAACCUACGUCAACGGAUGUUGCUGCAUUUAUGGCUCUCCGAGGAGCUGGUGUUGGAAGUGAGCCGAAUAACGGUUGCGUUGAAACUGGAGCACUCGUCCAGCCAGCUAAAAGUAAUGAUGAUCCACUAAAUGUUGGUGGGAGAAGCAAUUUAAGCUCAAGCUCACGUCUUUCUGAAGUUUUCGUAUCUCAUGAAGUGAGUGGGGCAGAGGAGUCGGCAAUAUAUGCACAGACAUGGUCUUUGGAAUACCGCAAACUCACCGAAGAUCAAAAGUUCUAUGCCAAAAGGGCAAUUGAUGAAAUUUUUGUGCUGGGUCGACUCCGACGUUUAACGUUAACUACAGUUCCGUCGGUCACAGAGUGAAAUACUGCACAAUUUUCUUAUGUAUAGACUAAUUUCAAUUUAAUUAUUUUUAACAAAAUAUGUAUGUAGAUAAUGUAAAUAUUUAUUUGGUAAAUUCUGUGGUCUCGGUUUUUAAGAUAAUAAUAAAUAUAGAAAUUAGUCUGUGAAAGACUAUUAUUUCCCACCUAGCGA